AUGGGAACUGAGCGGCUAAAAGAAGGAGUGAGGAACACAUUGAGGAACCUUGUUGUAAACACAUUUUCCACGUCUCUCCUCAGCACCUAUGACUGUCUCCGUGACGACCCGUUCCUCCACGAUUGGCCGGUGCAGCCUCCGUUGCCGGGGUUUCAGUACAGCCUGGACCAGCAGUGCCGCUUCGACUUCGGACCGGGGUACAGCCUCUGCACCGCGUACACCACCCUGGACCCCUGCAAGCAGCUUUGGUGCAGCGAGUACAGCAACCCGUUCUACUGUAAGACCAAGAAGGGCCCGGCGCUGCACGGCACCAAGUGUGGACCGGGGAAGCACUGUUUCCGGGGCCUCUGCAUGCGUCUGACCCCUGACCUCUUGAAACAAGAUGGCGGCUGGGGCCCCUGGAGCCCGUUCGGCCCGUGCUCGCGGAGCUGCGGGGGGGGCGUGCGCUACAGGGCGCACCACUGCGACGCCCCCGCGCCCAACAACGGGGGGCGACCCUGCCCCGGGAACAGCUUUGAGUUCCAGGUGUGCCAGCGAGAGGACUGCCCCCACCUCACAGACUACAG